UACAAACAAUGCACAAGUCCGCCGAUGCGGGACCACACAUGCCCAUCCGUAGACGACAAUGACGACAGGAAACGCCUCAGAAUCGACACGCUCCAUCAUACUCACCAUCGACCGACGCCAUGGGCAAAGCACAGUGAUCCUCUUAGUCCUCCUUCACCCGCUACCCCACCGAAGCGCCAUGCGAACGAGAGCAAGCUACAGCAAGCAGCAAAGGCCAUGUUUGAUUGGACUUAGUCGGACCGCCCAGUGGAAGAGUCUCUGAUCCACAUGAGGCGCAUAGUCGAACUUUGUCAGGACGAGCCAUCAUGGUCAGGCGACAAGAACUGGAAACAGAUCAUAGCAUCGUAUCACGCUUGUGGAGCUACGCAAGAUGCUGUUCAGGAUCUUCGGGACGCGCGCGAGCCCUUUUGGACUCAGACUCGCAUCGGACAUGCUUCGACAACUCUCGGCACUCCUAGAGCGCUGGCCGACUCCAUACGCACAAUGGUCGUCGAGAGUGAAAGGGCCAACGGUCACUACCUUGACAGAGAGGUAAAAGACCAGCUUAUGAAGGCUGUCGAGCGUGUCUUUCCACCUACUCAACCCGUCAUUUUGAGACCCGACAGCACUUUCCCAAGUCCUGUCGCCAAAGACGCAUUAGUUGAUGCAGUACAUCAGCAAACUCAGCCGUCCGUUGCUCCUGUUGCUCAAAUGGCGAAAUCCCAUGUGCCUUCUAUGCUUCCGCCGCCCCCACCUCCACCCUCCAUUGCUCCUCCGGACCCACGCCUCGCGACAAGACCUCCAGGAUGGGCUGCGAGCCUGAACCGGGACGUGAAGCUUCAGUCUGAUGCCCUCGUAGAGGCACCAGACUCUAGAAAAUCCUCUGCUGCAGCUCUCGUAGUCUCGAGUCCGAUCUUACUACCUGGGAGUCCUGAACCUUCUCAAAUCACAAAGCCAAAGCGUCCUAUUCGCUUCGUCCCCGAAGCUGCAAAGUCAGUCAACUCUGAGCAUUCGCACUCGAACCCGUCGAGUCCGUCCUUGUCGAAAGCUGCAGCACUUCCUAUUCAAUUCAGGAUUGCCACCGGCUCUAACUCAGCCCCUGUUAAGCGACCUCGCUUUGGAUCUGAUUCUGAUGUCGCGAUCAGAUCUGCUGAAAACGUGUUCGCGACACCCACCUCACCUGAUCGUCGAACAUCACUACCUCUUGGCUCUACCGUCCAAGCUCCAACAGGUCCGCGUAGUCUGCCCUCCUUCCAGGCGAAGAUAACUCCCAAAGAGCCGCUACGAGAUACCCGUGAACAUAGAAGAGCCAUCCUCCGAGCUUGCGACGAUAACAACGUUCCUGCCCAGGACGCCACUCCCUGCCCUGACGAUGACCGCGCAUGGUUGUUACACUUCAGAGACUAUCUGAACAUGCAAAGCUCCCUCGGCAAAACGAUAUUCGUACGCGACAUCCUCGUCCCAGUGCUCACUCACGCACCCGGCCAAUCCUUCCAAACUUUUGCCUUCAAAACACCCUUUUCCCUCACCAACCCAAAAUCCGGCAUCGACAUUUCGAAAGUCGGAAACGACAUAAUUAGAGCCAUCGCUCGCGCCUUUGCACCGCAAAAAUUCAUCCUGCAAAAGCAAAAAAGUUCGCGUGAUGGAUUUAAACUCAAAUGGCUCGUCGUGUUUGAAGAAGCCCUCGAGCGUGAGAAUUUCACGCUAAAUGUCACCAUGGGGCAAAGAAGAGAAGUCUUUGAUUUCUUUGCGCUGCAUGAGGAUGCUCCAGCUUGUUGGGUUUGUUUGGGGGCGGGUCAUUGUGCUGCUCGUUGCGGGUUUACAGAUGUCGUCGUGCUGCCGUAACGGGAUGGUCAAUAUCUCUCUUCUACUCCGCAGAUGAAGUAAAAGCGUCUGGAUGGCAGAAGGGCCUUUGCUUCUGCGCUCUGAAGAUACAUAAUAGCAUUGAUGAAAUCAGGACGCUUUCCACAAGGGAAACUCGGUUACGCGGUCUUUGCCAGACUACGUUUUGCUUUGCUUGAGGUGGGCUGCGGUAAAGUAACAGUCUCUAGCAAUCAGGAGAUUAGGUCAUA